UCUGCUCCGUCAAUUCCCAAUUCCGAUUCCGCCUACUCCGAAAGCCUUAGCUUCCUAACUAUUCUGCUUCGUUUGAUUAGCUUCGAUAGCUUCUGCUGCUGUUCCUCAAUUAGGUUUUCAAUCUACAUUUCUCAAUUCAUUUCCGGGAAGCAUAAAUUUUUUUCCCUUUUUGGCUGUGCGAUCCCUCGUGCUCUUAUUUAUAUUCAUGUUGAAUUGAAUCAAUCGACGGUUGAUUCGAGGUAGUUGGAUUAAAGAUUGUGUAGAUUUAGGGUUUAGAUAUCAGGAGAAUAAGAAGUUAUGGGAAAGGCAUCUCCGAAGGAGAGGAAUUGGAAGGCUAAUAAAGGGAAGAGGCAGUUGAGGAGCUCGGGGAACAAGUACCUGAAGCCAGGAACUCUAGCUCAGCUUCGGAUCAAUAAGUCCUCUUCCACGUUGGUGUCGUCGUCAUCAGCCUCCAGUGCUGCAAAUGGCUGCACUGAUCUUGGGAAGAAGAGGGUGGCGGUGUUGAGUUCAAGGAAGGCGCAGACUGGAGGUGAUGUGGGGAAUGGAGGCAAGGUGUUUGAUAAAAGUCCCCAGAUGCUGUCCCCUGUGAAUUCAGUUAAGCAGAGUGGUUUCCUGGGAACACCAAAGACUCCCAGGAUUGAGGAUUGCUUAUCAGAGUCUCGCCUUGAGGGUCUUCCCAUGGAUUUGUUGGUUAAAAUACUAUGCAACCUGCAUCAUGAUCAGCUGAGGGCUGUCUUCCAUGUUUCUCGGAGAAUUAGAAAAGCGGUUGUGAUUGCAAGACAGUUUUACUUCAAUUAUACUACACCAGAUCGCUCUCGGCAAGAGAUGUUAAGUACCAUGACUCCCCGUCCUAUUGAGCAUUGGCCUUUUCUGUGCAAGGUUGAUGGGAAGGGAGUGAGGAUUGCAAGCCCACAUACACCUAAAGCACCAAGACACGGGCCCCGACCACUAUCUCGCCUUAGACUUUCUGAGAUGCGACAGGUUGCUGCUGUUCUUUUCCGGGAGAAGGGAAAGGAACCAGCUUUCCCUUCUCGUUGUUUGGUGCCUUCAGUUAUAGCAAAGCCCCUAUGCAAGUCCUUGGCUUCUAAUAGAGUUCUCUUCUAUGAGGACGAACUAUGCCAGGCUGUUGCUCAGAACAAACUUCUCUAGGUUGGUUGUUUGCUUUUCUUUUUUCGUCACUGCCUCGGUGAUUCUCUACUGUGUAUAGUAAGGAUGUUAGAGUAGUAAGGAUGCAAUUUUGUAGUCUGUCUUGUGGCAGUUUAGCUGUGUGGAUAUUUCGGACGGAUGUCAACGCAAGUGUGAAAGAUUGGUGGAAUAAUAUUAUACAUGUAUAUGUUUUGUAUGGGUGAAACAAUUGGGGGUUUCUUUCAGAAACAAUGAAUGGUCUUCUACAUUAGUAUAAAAGGCUGUGUUCUGUAAUUUGAUUACAUGAUUGCAAAGAGGGUUUUGCUGAA